AUGGCACUGUUCAAGUCACCAAAAAAUAGGAGGUCAUCAUCAUCGUCAUCUUACGUAUCAACCUUUACAAUAGUAGUCUUCAUCGCACUAUGUGUUUUUGGCGUCUGGACGCUAUCCUCCAACUCGGUAGUGUCACCUCAAACACAGAGCGAUGAAGACAUCUCAACGCGAACGGCCAUUGAUACUUCUACCGCCACCAAUGAUGAACUCUCUACAUCACAAGAUUCCCGACCAAAACCCGAACAAAAUCGAAAGGACACUACUACUGCUGCUGCUGUCUUCGGAGACAACCCUGGUCAUCUACCAGAUGAUGCCAUAAAAUCUGAUGAUAAAAGUUCCAACAAUGAGGCACAAAAGCAUCAAGGUGCUGCUGCUAUCAGUGACUCACAGCUUUCUGAGGAAAGCUCGUUAACGCAAAAAGAACAAGUCUCCGUGAUACAUGAAGCGGGUGCAGAUAGUGAUGUCAAGAUUAUUGAGCCUGAGAAAGUUCCACAAAGUGUCAAUGAAGUUGAAGCUUCUGAUGCAAACAAAAAGGACGAGGAAAUUGCAGCGGCAAAUAUUGUAGAACAAAGCAUGGGACAACAACAAGAUGUUCAAACUGUGGACACUCAAGGGCCUAAAGUGGAAGAAGAUGAAGCAAAUAAAGAACAAAUAAAAGAGGACAAAGGUGAGGUUGAAGUCAUAAAGAAAGAUGAGAAGGUAAUAAUACCAAAUGAAGAGAAGCUAGAUGUGGCACAGCAGGAUUCUGAUGCGGCUUCAAAGGACAUAAUCUCUCAGAAUGAAAACCAGAAAACAAAAGCAGAUAAGAAGAAGGGUGGAAAGUCUAAGAAGGAAUGGUCAACACAAGCUGCUCAGUCACAGAAAGAAAAAGGGAGACAGAAGGGUGAAUCAAACACUGUUGAUAAACUUGAAGAUCACACGUGGUUACUUUGCAAUAACACUGCAGGUGCUGAUUAUAUACCGUGUUUGGACAAUGAAAAGGCUAUAAAAUUGUUGCGUAGCACAAAACACUAUGAACACAGGGAAAGGCAUUGUCCUGAGGAUCCACCUACUUGCCUGGUGCCAAUUCCCUCAGGUUACAAAACACCCAUUGAGUGGCCUAGCAGCCGAGAUAAGAUAUAUUACCACAAUGUACCACACACGAAGCUUGCAGAGGUGAAAGGACACCAGAAUUGGGUGAAGGUGACCGGAGAGUUCUUAACAUUCCCUGGAGGUGGUACCCAAUUCAUUCAUGGAGCUCUCCAUUAUAUUGAUUUUGUCCAACAGGCUGAACCUAGCAUUGCAUGGGGAAAGCACACACGUGUGAUCUUGGAUGUUGGGUGUGGAGUUGGUAGUUUUGGAGGUUAUCUAUUUGAUAGAGAUGUCAUUGCAAUGUCUUUUGCACCUAAAGACGAGCAUGAAGCACAGGUGCAAUUUGCCCUUGAAAGAGGGAUUCCUGCCAUAUCUUCUGUUAUGGGUUCUCAAAGGCUGCCAUUCCCUGGUCGUGUCUUUGAUCUUGUACACUGUGCACGUUGUCGAGUUCCUUGGCAUAUAGAGGGUGGAAAGCUGCUUUUGGAAUUGAAUCGGGUUUUGCGACCAGGUGGUUAUUUUGCCUGGUCUGCUACUCCUGUGUACCAGAAGCUUGAAGAAGAUGUUGAGAUAUGGAAGGAAAUGACUACACUAACAAAGUCCAUUUGUUGGGAGCUUGUGACUAUCAACAAGGAUAAACUUAAUAAAGUUGGUGUCGCCGUUUACCGCAAACCCACUUCUAACGAAUGCUACGAGCAAAGGGAGCAAAACGAACCUCCAAUGUGUAAAGAAGAUGAUGAUCCAAAUGCUGCAUGGUAUGUACCUCUGCAAGCAUGCAUACACAGGGUGCCUGUAGACAAGGCCGAGAGAGGAGCCAAAUGGCCUGAAGAGUGGCCUCGUCGAUUACAGAAAGCUCCAUAUUGGUUAAACAACUCACAGAUUGGAAUCUAUGGAAAACCAGCUGCUCAAGAUUUUGCAGCAGAUAAUGAACGUUGGAAAAACGUUGUGGACGAGUUGAGCAACACUGGUAUAACUUGGUCUAACGUGAGAAAUGUCAUGGACAUGCGAGCUGUCUAUGGAGGAUUUGCAGCAGCUCUAAGGGAUCUUCCUGUCUGGGUAUUCAAUGUGGUGAACGUAGAUUCUCCGGACACACUUCCCCUCAUCUAUGAGAGGGGUCUUUUUGGGAUAUACCAUGACUGGUGUGAAUCCUUCAACACAUAUCCACGAACUUUUGAUCUACUGCAUGCAGAUAAUCUAUUCUCAAAGCUAAAAGAUAGGUGCAAACUAGUUGCUGUUAUGGCAGAGGUGGAUAGAAUAAUCAGACCGGGAGGUAAAUUGAUUGUCCGUGACGAAUCUACCACCCUCACCGAAGUGGAAACUUUGUUAAAGUCUCUACAUUGGGAGUUAAUCUUCGACAAAAUACAAGAGGGUAUCCUCUGUGCAAAGAAAGGAAAAUGGAGGCCUGAUUCUGUAGCUCCGUCCUCAUGAAAUGAUUAAUGAGCAAAAACAGUAGUGGUUUAAUACAAGGUGUAAUUAGAAACGAUGGUGUGCAGUGGCAAUAACGUAUGUUGGGCCUCUCAUCCACCUUCUGUGGCAUAAGCACAACAGUUGUCCAUAAAACGUAACGCUAUUAUUCUAUUGAUUUUCAUAACAUGUAUAUCUCAGUUCUCAAUAUAAUUAACCCGAGAUACAUAUCACA